ACCGACUUUGUCGAAUGAUAGAGAAGGAUAGCAAAACCAAAGUUCAUCAAAUACUGUCAUUAUAACGUGACCCUCUCAGACCCUAUGUGCAUAAUUAUGCACAUCAUAUUUCAGGGCCUGUAGUUUAAUUCAGAAAAUAGUUACAUCAUCAGAGACCAAAUGAGCAUGAUUCUGCACUCUAUUUCUGACUGUUUUGAAGCUGGCAGCCCCAUCUGUUGGAUAAUAUUUCAACUACAUCGCAUUGCAGAAGACAUGGCUGCUGCCAAACAAACUGGAGAUGGGAGAAAACUAACAGCUAGUGACAUCGUUGACUGCCUAGAAGAUGGAAAUCUUUCAGACAUAGAAAUCAUCAACAAAGGAGAAUCCGACGAUGAGUUGACUAUUCCUCAAAUUGAUCACCAGGUGAAGCAAAUAGGAGCAGAUGCAGUGAGCCGGAAUGAAGUAAUUACUACUAGUAAUGAUGAUGAUGGUGAGGUAAGUUUGGAAACGAUCGAUAAUGAUGUGACAGAUCAAAAUGUGACUUCCAGUAGCUUCCAAUACAAGGAUACAGUUACUUCGAAAAAAAACAUUCAGUAGUGUAGAAGUAGACACACUUUUACUGAACGUGUUGUGAUAUGGGAGGAAGAAGUUACUGAACCCAAAACAGAUGUUGAAUCUCCAUGAACUUAGUUUAAAAAAUAUAUCGGCGAUGAUCUAUUCAAAUUGAUGUCUGAUUGUACAAACAUUUAUGCCCUUCAGAAAGAUGUAAAUAAUUUCAAAAACACUACACAAGAAGAAAUAGAAGUACUGUUUGCUCUCCACAUCGCAAUUGGAUGUUUGAAAUUCCCACGAGUUCGUCUAUUUUGGGAUACUAUUCUCGGAAUUUCACUUUUUAGAGAUAAUAUGUCACGAGAUAGGUUCUUUCAACUGCGUUCCAACCUCCACCUAGUGAACAAUCUGGAGAGACCAGCUGGUUGCACUAACAAAAUGUUCAAAGUGCAACCAAUUUAUGACUCUAUACAAAAAAGAUGCCAACAAUUGCAAGUGGAGCAACAUAUUUGUACAGAUGAGCAGAUGGUACCCUUCCGUGGACAGCUAUCAAUAAAACAAUAUGUGAAGAAUAAACCAUACCCAUGGGGGAUAAAAAUAUUUCUUCUUUGUGGACGUUCUGGGUUAGUGUAUAGAAUGUUGAUAUACCAGGGUGCAACAACUGGCCUUGAUCCAGACAAUUUGAAAAAUCUAGGACUGGGUGCAUCAGUUGUUCUACAUCUAACAAAAAAUAUUUCCAAGGCUGGUCACAAGUUAUUUUUUGAUAAUUACUUCUCUUCAUAUCAAGUUUUGCAGAUUUUAUUGAAAAAUAAUAUUUAUGCUGCCGGUACUAUAAGAGUCAACAGAUUUUCAAAUCCUUUAUUGUGUGACAAAGAAAUGAAGAGAAAAGAGCGUGGUAGUCAUGAUGAAGUCGUAGAUAGAGAUGAUAAUAUUGUUUUGGUCAAGUGGCUUGAUAACAGAACUGUCAAUCUUGCAUCAAAUUUUGUUGGUGCUGAAGAAAGAGAUACUGUGCGUCAAUGGUCAAAGAUAGAAAGUAAGUACAUUGAAAUUCCAUGACCAAGUAUUGUAAAGCAAUACAACCAUUCUAUGGGGGGUGUAGAUCUUAUUGAUCAACUCAUAAGCCUGUAUAGAGUGUUUAUAAGAUCCAAAAAAUGGACACUCCGAAUGAUAUUCCAUGCUGUAGACCUUGCAUUAGCAAACAGUUGGUUAGAAUAUAAAAAGAACUGUGAAGAACUAUCAAUUCCAAAGAAAGAUGUUAUGGAUCUACUUGCAUUUAGGAUGAGUGUAGCUGGGGAUUUGGUGACAGUAGGUAAAACAAUGCAGAGAAAACGAGGCAGACCAUCCACUGAAGAUAUUGUAAUUCCAUCUACAACAAAGCGAGCAAACUGUGAAGUUCGUCCAUCCAUGGAUGCAGUCACAGAGUCGACCAUAUGCCACAUCUUGAUGGGGAAGUGGAGGGGAAAAGAUGUAAACGUCCAAACUGCGGUAAAAAGACACAUUUUUAUUGCGACAAAUGUGGUGUUCACCUGUGCAUUACUAAAUACAGAAACUGUUUUGUGUAAUUUCACAGAAAAUGAUGCCUAUUCUCAUGUAAACCAUUUUUCAACUAAAUUUAACUAUUUUUCAACUAUUUUUCAACUAAAUUUAACUAUUUUUCAUUCUUCUAUAGUUUUUUUUUUUAAUUUUUGUAAAUAAAUAUUGAUGGAAUAUAAUAAAGUGUUACUUGCUAAAGAUCUUUUCCUGUUACCAUAUGAGUGAUUUUACAGAUUGCGCUUGCCGACCACUGGUGAGAAUUGGGCAUAAUAUACACAACGAAAAUUUGGGUGAAGGGGUCGAUUUUUUUCAAUGAAAUUACAUACUUAUGCUUAUAAGGUCAUAAGGGACAAUAUAAAACACCAAAAUAUUUUUUUUGUUUCCAAUAGAAAAAUCAGGUCUGAAAGGGUAACGUGGACCUCACUAUAAUACCAAUGAAUUAAGUUAAUGAAUGACAGACAAAUCAAAUUGUGAUCCAAUAAUGAAUAGUAAAUAGUAAAUAUUGUAGGAUUUUUGUAAUUUUGUAUGAUAUGUGGAGUCUCAAAUAUUUAAAUAGAAACAUGCAUGGAGUAUAUAUUUUGCAUUAUGAUUAAAAAAUUUAGAACUGUAGCCUAUCGUUUAAGUGAAAAUAACUUUUCUACAGGAUUUCUACAACUAAGUAUAGAUCACAUAUUUUAUUGUAGCUAUCAAAUCAUCUUGUGCUUGUUUUAUGAUAUCAAUCAGAGUUGGUAAUUAAAAUUGUAAUCUUUAAUAUGCUAUUAUACGUUUUAGAUGGCAAGGCUAUCUAUAGUGAGAUUCAUUCAAACUUUAAACUAGUAUUCCUUGAAGGUAAAUCUUGAAGCUAAUCUUUUGGAGAAUCUUGUUUUGUCAUGUGUAUGAGCAGAGUUGGUUUAAAAUGAACAGUAAUUCAGUAUUUGAUUCAAUUUAUGGCUAAUUUGGUUAAAGAAGACUGUCAAUUUCGUGGGACAGUGUUUGGUGCUUUGAUUAGGUCAUCAAAACUUCUGGAUUUAUUGUAGAAAUUUUCUGUUUUGGGAUUCAGAAUAGAUAUUGUAAACCAACAAUUGAAUUACCUAAUGCCAAGAAUCUCAAAGUUAGGGCCAAUCGUUCUUGUGAAGUUAUUGCUUCCCUCAUAAUGGUAUAAUUUGUUUUGAUAACUAGUUUAAUAAGAUUCAGUAUAUCAACAAAAUAAUGUUUUGACAUCCUAAUAAAGUUUGAAUUGGCAAUCUCAUAUCUUAUGUCAUGUAGCAAUUUAUUUCCUUACUUCAAUCUAUCAACCUACAAUCAUUCAACCCACCAACAUGGUUUGUUAAGUUUUAUUUCCGAUUUUAUUAUACUAGUCAUUAAAACUAGCAUAGACUAGCACUAGAUACAUUUUGAAAAUUCUUCAAUGAUGAAAUGAGACCAUUGUUGUCAUGAUCAUGAUGUGGAAAAUUUACAUCUACCAUGUCUUCAUGUCGUCUGCAAAUCAGAUUGCUUUUUGAAUGCCGAGGCAUACGUGGAACGCGUCCACAAGGACUUACAGUGAAUUCCGAGGCAUGUGUAAAUAUGAUUGUUUGCGCGAAUCUGUACGUACGUGUGUACAAGGCUUAAUUGGCACAAAAUACAAUCUAAUCUCACCUUUUCAAGUAUUUAUUUUAUAAUAUAUAUUCAAGUUUAUUUCUUCAUUUUCUAAUUUUAGCUACCUUUUUAUAUAUUUAAUUUAUUUAUUAAUCUUUAACAUUAAUAUAAGCAUCUAUUUCAAUACAAUGUAAUCUUUUAUAAAAAAAUUAAUUUGAUUAAAUCUAUUUCUUUUAAAUAUUUAUAUUGUAAUUAAAUUGUAUUCUAUUUAUCUUACAUUGUAUUAUUUCUUUAUUCACUUUUAUUAUGUCAAUUCAUUUUCUCAAAGUAACCUACAGUCAUUACCAAGGAGUAUAAAGUAUGGUCAUUACUAAGGCACUAUAAAGACUAUUUAUAUUGAGCCCUAGUCAUUACCAUACCAGCCUAACUUUCUAUGCCAUCAUUAUUAUAGCGUGGAAAAAUUCAAAAGUAAUAUUAUUACAAUAUGUUAUAUCAACAUACCAUACUCUCACUCAGCGGACAGGAUUUUUCCUUUGCUGGGUGAUGCCAAUAGUGUAUUUAAAUUGUUUUGUUUUUAUUUUGUUUCCCAUUAUCGAAUUAUCUCUAAGGAAUUAAUAGAAUGAUUUCAUACUAUAUCUAUUAUGAAAUGUUAACAUGUAUUAAUUUUGGCAAUAAACUAUUAUUAUUCAUUUUAUAUUAGAAGCCUCUCGCUGAUGAUGAACAUGCAUGAUGUAAAUGUGUCUGUGCAUAAAUAUAAACAUGCGCAUGUUCUGCCGUUAGUGGCCAGCCUUAGAAUACAGCCCUCACUAUCAAACGGCGGUGGUCUAAUUUUCGCUGUAUUUUGGGUCAAUCUAGUUGAAUUUCAAAUGUCUACGCUUCAUCACGUCAUAUAAUAUAUGGUUUUUUAGUGAUAUUCAUUCCAACUUACCAGUAGAUUCGCUAUAGAAUCAUGUGAAAAAAUAUAUUUUCCCUUUGAAAGGUGAUCUGUGGCUGAUAAAUUCAUAUAUCUGAUAAAUUACACCAACCAGCAUCAUAUUAAACCAAUCAUGCAACUACAGUGAGAUUCAUUUCAACCUGUGAGCAUUAGUUGAAUGGGGGGGGGAUCAUAUUGGUGUUAUUUAUAAGGAAAGCUCACAGUUUUUACUAUAGAUUUUACUUAUAUUUACUUUAUUUUUACAA